CUCAAACAACGUCUUCCACGCGGUCAGGUCCCAAACCUCAUGAACGAUGAGAUUGUUGUGAUUGUGGAUGAGGCCCAAGGGUCAUACGAUGAUGAUUACCUGUGGAACCAUAUAAUAAAGUUAUUGAUAGACAAGCCUUGCAGAUAUAAACUACGCAUUUGUCUCUUCUGCUACUUUGGGAGUCCAUCAACGGGUGUGGAACCGCCUCAGGGUCUCAACUAUUGUCCAGCCACUAUACCCGAAAGACAAUGCAUAACACUCACGCCCCAAUCGUGUAGUGAUUCACCGAAAAUUGGCCUCUUCUAUACUGAGUCAGAGUUUGAUGACGUUCUUUGCCGAAUUCUCCGAUACGAAUUCCCCGACUUGGUAGUUACCAUUGAUGAAGAAGCUAAGAAAUACCUGUUCUCACUUACGAAUGGGCACCCCGGAGGCGUAACGGCGAUGAUACGGUUCGUUUGUGAGACCUAUCGCACCGACACGAAACAUGACAGGAUGUUUGCGAUAUCCCAGCAGUAUGUUCUCAACAUCCUCGACGGUGAUGAGGAAUCUGCUUUCAACUUCGUGGCGAAAUGCGGCGUGUCUCGCUCUUUUCCUAAACUAAAAGACCUUAAAGGUCCAGUUCGCGAAAUACUCUGCGAGAUUACAGAGAAGGGGCAUAUAAAUUGGGAACAGAGACCAGGGUUGGAGAAAUGCUAUGAAAGAGGCUGGAUCCACAGGAUGCAUACGGGUCCAGAAGGGAACCCAGACCAGUAUGAAAUUGCUGUUCUGCCGUCCCGCCUGCAUGAGAAAUGGCUUCAGUACCUCAUUAGCCAAGAUAAAAGAGCCUUGCCGUCGCGCUUCACCAACUUGACUCAGCUGUGUAUGGAAAUUCUACAUGAGUUUUCAAAGAUGAACCUGAAGCCUUCGACCACUGACAGGAAACUAUCCACCGCAGCACAACCUAGACCAGCUGAAACGCAGUACCAAGAUGAGUUCUACAGGGCGUUUUGUGAAGUAGCUGGCCGAGGGGUGCCAAUUUCCACAGAAUGGGCUAGGACGGCAUCCGGAAGAGCUGAUUUUUACAUACCAGAGAAGAAGUGGGCUGUUGAACUGGUGAGAAAUCAUGAUGAAAUUGACGAUCAUGUGAAGCGGUUUCAGGGGGGAGGGCAGUACAUUGAAUGGCUGCAGAAGAAAGCCGUUGAAGAUUGGAUUAUCAUUAAUUGCGCUACCAGUGUACCAACUUCAGGUUCGUUUCUUGUUCUGGCAUUAUAUUGCAUCUUGCUGACCACUUCAUAGAUCAUGAAGAAUGUCGACUUCUCCACGCUGUCUUUUUGAAUGACUUUACGGAGUUGCAGAUUCUUAAUCACAAAAGGCAAGCCUUGAGCGAAGUGGCUUGUCUAAC